AUGUCCAAACCCACCAGCGGUCCCUCAGGCGCGGACUCACCGGCUACUGGACACCCCGUUAGCGCUGUGAAGGAAACUGCACAUUACUCAAGUAACAAUUCCGUCAAUAUGUCUUCUCAUAGCUUGCAGACUAUGGCCUCUGCGGGCACUGACAAAGACGAGGCGCCGUUUGCUGCGUCAAUGAGCUCAUCCGGCUUUAGUGAGCGAUUGACUCACUCUCCAGCAUUGUCAGCGAAAGCCUAUCACCCGCCUAACGAAGGUUCCAGUACGUUAGAUCCCAGCAAAUUGAAGUCAGCCAGUCACGUACCAGAGAGCUCUAUAAGAUCGGAGCGACGGAUUUCUCACGACCUUGAGCCUUCUCUGCCAGCGCCGUUGCAGAUGACGAAGCUUUCCCCAGAGGGUGUGCUAGAUGGCAUGUCCCUUGGUCAAGAAGGACGUGGGUCGGAUUCAACCGCUUCUUUCAAUCCUGACCGCUCUUCGGUUGCCGCGAGUUCUGGAGCAACUAGCGUCUCUCAGGUGCCUUCGAAUGGAAACAAUUCUUUGAAUGAGACGCAAGGUAUGUCUACGAUCGCGACUUCCAUCGAUGGGGAGCCGAAAGUUGGCGGAUCUUCCAAAGUCUCUGCCAGGCAGAAACCAAAGGCUGGACCGUCUGUAUCUAACGUCAACCGUCGUGCGGCCUAUGGUGCGUCAAAAUCCCAAUCAACUCACGUAGCCGCCCGCCCACCUGCGUUGACACCGAUUAAUACGGCCGUGGACACCUUCCCUAGCCGUGAUGGGCGAGGCAAACGUCUUCAUGACGGCGUUGUGUCGCAACUCAGAAGCAAGUUACUGAGCAAGGAGUUCUGGAUGCGCGAUGAAAAUGCUAAAGACUGUUUUCAUUGCGGCGAAACCUUUUCAACGUUCCGGCGAAAACACCAUUGUCGCACAUGCGGUCAGAUAUUUGAUUCGAAAUGCACUCUCCUGAUAUCAGGGGAUAGGUUUGGUCAACCUGGAACUAUCCGCGUCUGUAAACCGUGUGAGGCGAUGAUUAACGGACACGAUGAUGAUUCCUCCGACUUUUCAGAUAGCGAACAGAGCCCAAUUAUAGUCAAUCCUAGGGUCUCGGAACUCGGCCUAAGCAAUUAUUCGCGGGUGUCAGCCGAUGACGAUGACUCGUCUUCGGUAGUCUCUCAAUCUAUUGAGCAUGUCAUGAAGACGCCCACAAUGGCGAUACCGGCCACACGACGCGCCGGGGAGGGCCACAAUCGUCGUUCAGCUGUCCUUGAAAUCAGCCCAGACCGCCCCUUGAUCAGGCCUACGUCAUCAAGGUCUCUCAAGUCAACACUUAACGGACGUCCGCAUGCAAUGGGUCACAAACGCCAUCACUCACGCCAGCAGUUCAUUCGGAAUUUUAAAUCUUUUCAUGAUGACCGGGCACCUUUCCAACGUCGCAAUAUCGAAGACAACCCUCCCAGAGCUCAGCUACCUGCAUUUCACAAGGACAACAUUAUUGACCCUGAUCUAGCACAGUACCUCUCUGACGAUGCUUCAAGCGGAGACGAACAACCGAACUUACUUUCGGCAGUCUCCGAAGGCUCUCUAUCAAAAAGCGGCGGUGAUGCCGAGAGAACAGCUUUUAGUGGCCUUUUGGCUGCCAUGAAGAAAGGUCGAUCUGCAUUUGGAGAUAGGGGCAGCUUCAUCAACUCUGGACGUGAAGGGGAUGAAGCAAGUAUAAGCAGUUCUAGAGCUGUGAACCUUCCUCGAGCUUCGCGGCGGCGGAAUCUAAGUGUUGCGAGCAGUAUUCAUCGUCCCUCUCCGAGAGCGUCCAAAGACAGUGUCUCCAACUUACACGAUGCAACUAAUGCGAAUUAUGUCUUUCCAACGGCCGUGAAGCCAAGCGGAUUCAAGAUGACAAGGAGUUCUUCCAUGAGAGGAGCAGGAGCCCCUCCGGUAGAGCUGAACAAAGCGAGUCUGCAGCACGUCCGAAAGCUUCUUCGUCAACUUCUGAAGGAUACCUCAGUGCCUCGCCCUCACAGCUGGGAAACCGCGCUUUUACCCAUUUUGCUGAAAGCCGCUGACGAGGUUGAUCCAGAUGUUCAAAAUGGUGAUGAUAUGGACAUUCGACAUUAUGUCAAGCUCAAGAAGAUUCCGGGCGGUCGGCCAGGCGAUACUUCUUAUGUCUCAGGGUUGGUUUUCACCAAAAACCUUGCCCUCAAAAGCAUGCCCAGAAGCAUUCCUCAUCCAAGAAUCCUCAUCAUCACGUUUCCGCUCGAAUAUGCACGUCAGCAGCAACAAUUCAUGAGCCUGGAGCCAGUCAUCCGUCAGGAACGGGAAUUCCUCGAAAAUCUCGUUAGCCGAAUAGCUGCGUUGAGGCCCAGUUUGCUUCUGGUCGAGAAGAAUAUAUCCGGAUUGGCUCUUGAACUACUAGACAAAGUCAAGAUAACAACAGCCUACAAUGUCAAAUCGUCUGUGCUCGAGGCUGUCUCUCGUUGCACUCAAACAAGGAUAAUCACUUCUAUGGACAAACUCGUCACGACUCCGGUGAACAGUGAUUGCGGCAGUUUUGAUGUCAAGACAUACGUGUUCAAUGGUCGUAAGAAGACCUAUAUGUAUGUUUCCGGCUGCCGCAAAGAGCUCGGUUGCACAAUUGUACUUCGAGGGGGCGACCAUAGUAUACUCACAAAGGUGAAAAGGAUCACCGAAUUCAUGAUCUACGUCGUCUAUAAUUUGAGGCUCGAGACAUGCUUGAUGAGGGACGAAUUUGUCCAGAUUCCUACGUCGACUGAGGCAGAGGUUCAAGCUUCCAAUGAAGAGACGAGUCAAACAAAAACCACAUCUUCACAAGGCAACCCGGAUGAUAAGAGUAGUGUGACACCGCCGGGCUCACAAGAAGAUUCUAAUGAAAAGCAAAGCGAUACUGCGUCUACACACAAGAUUAUUGCUACAAGCAACGAGAUAGAGGUUCCAGAUGAUGUCCCAGAGCCAACUUACUACGAAGACAUUGUCCGUGGCACCGAGACAAAGAUCUUGUCAGCAUCACCGUUUGUCAAGUUUGAUCCGCCUUAUCUGCUCAAGCGUGCGAGAGAGAUGGAAAGUCGGCUGGCUUAUCUGAAGCGGCUUCGUGAUCAAGAUGUGAGCUCUGAGGAGCUUUCAGAUGAGAAGACCAAGUGUCAGAAGUUUAUUCUCAUCACGCCAGAAAUGGUUCAUAAAUCCCCACCUAAUGCUCCCCCAAAGGUCAAAGAAGUCCUGCAUGCUGCUCAUGAUGCAGAAUAUGACAAUGCGCUACAUCACUAUCAGACCCAAAAGCGUCAAUGGGAAGCAUAUAUAGCAGGUGCUUCUCGUCUAUUUGACCCAUACGCCCAUCAGAGUAUAGUCGUGCUCUUCAGCCUGGUUUGCACCACCACAUCUAUCCCUUGCUCUGGACCAGAUCUCUUUGCCCUUGAGUACUAUAAUGAGCAUGGGGAUGAUGCGAUUUUCGAACCUGACUGCACCGUCGGUCAAUACGUGGAGGAUAUUUGUCACAAUGCCAAUGCUAUUUGUACAGCAAACGGUUGCGAGAAGCGGAUGUUCGAACAUCACCGCCAAUACGUCCACGGUGAGGCUCAAAUAAGCAUAUUUGUGCAGCCGUAUCCCUCGAAAUUGCGAGGCCUUCAAGACACGAUUUUGAUGUGGAGUUGUUGCAAGAUCUGCGGGAAUGAAACACAGGUUUUCCCCAUGUCAGACAGUACUUGGAGAUACUCCUUUGGCAAAUAUCUGGAGCUGUCUUUCUACAGCAAAAAUCUACACGCCCGUGCCGGUAUCUGCCCCCAUGACUUGCAACGUGAUCAUCUCCGCUUUUUCGGCUACAAGGACAUUGCCAUACGAAUUCAUUACGACCCAAUCAAUUUGCUUGAGAUCAUCGUUCCCAGAACCAGAGUUACCUGGAAGGUGGAUAACGAUCUGAGACUGAAAAACGAGGUCUAUCUCAAUAUUGAACGUCGGCUGAACAAAUUCAUAACUUCCGUCAAGGCACGACUGAAAGGAAUCAACGUCGAAAGUGUCGUUGCGAACCUGGCGGAAGACUGCACCGCAGAAAUAGAGGUACUGACGAAAAAAGCCAGUGAAGACCACACUACUUUAAUCCGGCAAUUGCAAGAUAAGUACAUCAAUUCGAGGUACUGGGAGGUGACUCCGUUGAACGAAGUGCUUCGUUUGGUUCAGGAGAAGGUUGUGGAAUGGGAUACUGCUUUCGCUGAAUUCGAAAAGAAUUUCUUCCCUUCUGAGAAAGACAUCAGAAGACUUGCAACAUUGCAGCUGAAGAAGAUCUUCCUCGACAAGGAUGCUUCAGUGGCCUCGGAGGAACCCCCAACGACGCCCACAGAGGCGGAAAGUGAACAGAGUCAGGAGACCAAACAUCCGCGACCAAUGCGUCGUAUGACACUUUCGCCAGAGAAAGCCCAGGAUGUUCUUGUUUCGGUCGUGGAAGAAGAUUCGGGCAAGAAGAAUGUUCCGGAAGCCGGCUCGCCAAAGACUGAAGAGAUCCCAUUAUCAAUUCCCUCGGCAAACCCAGAAGAUACCAAGUCUUUUCCGCCUCCUGGACUCGGCACCGAUGCACCAGAUAGCCCCCUGAGCCCUGAGCUACGUGCACGGAUGAGUCAAUCGGAGCAGCUGCUUCCUUCAAGUGCGCACUCUGCAAGCAGUCCCGACAUCCCUAAGACUGUGUCAAGUGUUGUGGACUCAAAUCAUGGCUUAGCAGAGCCCUCUACCGAGCAAUCCGCAUCACAGGAAGAUAACCAAGAUAAGGAGGAGAACUUCGAACCCGAAAAGCAGCCAAGUGUUGUACCGCAGCCACCACCUUCAGCUAUCCCUCGGCUCGCUGAAGGUGUUGUUAGGCGUACUGGGAAAGCUACCUCUCCGCCACUACUCCGUGCUCAGUCCCAGCCAUUGCAAGGUCAAAAGGAACGAUUCAAGAGCAGUGUUCCUUUCCGUGGGCUUAAGGUCGGGCCUGGGGGUAGUAGUAGCUCGGACCUUGCCCCUAGUGCUGUCCCAGAUUCAAAGUUCAAACCUUCGGACAAGAAGUUUUCUGAGAGAUUCGGCCUCACCGCUCUCCGGAAUUCACGGCUGGCACCUGUGCCAUCGCUUAUACCUCGCUCGAUCCCGACCAAAAGAAAUACGCGUGUCUUAAAUUUAGCCAAGCAUUUUGAGCAGUUAAGUCGCGAAUUUGAGAAGGAACGACAGCGUGAAAGACGGCAACGAGCUGCCAAUGGUACACAUUCUCGUGCAUUCCCUCUGGCAUCCUCUAAGCCAAUAGUGGAGGUAUACAAGAAUGUUAGGGACGCGGUUGAGGAGCGCGAACCUCCUGGAGAACCAGAAGACGAGUCACCUUCAACAUCGCAUCUUCCUGUUGAUGAACCUAGCCAGGGGAGCAGGGAUUCACUAGAAAGGGCCUUGGAGGAAGAAACUCGAGAAGACACCACCUCAGUCUAUUCCCAGCCACCCGGAAACGAGGAUAGGAGCCACGGUGAUGCCCAUACAGUGUCGGACGUGGAAGGGGAAGAAGUACAUAGUGAUGAGGAUCGGACAUCCACGGAGGGCCUCCAUCAGACUGAUUCGAACGAUGAGCUGCCUAAGAUGUCCCCAGAGGACGAACAGAUGGACCUCAAAGAACUCCCUAAACACGAGCGAAGUAAUCUUCUGAAGAUGUUGACAAACUUCUGGUCCGAGCGCUCUGCCAGUGGAUGGGCUCCCCUUGACUACCCACUUAGCAUGUCCGAUCACGUUUUCGCAGACUGCGACAUUAUAGUGCGGGAGGAUGAACCGAGCUCCCUCAUCGCAUUCGCGCUCGACUCAGGCGAUUAUAAAGGGAAAUUAACUAGUAUCCAGAGGCGUUAUGAGGAACUCGACGAGAAGAGGUCAACAUCAGGAGAGGGCUCGGAUAGUGUUGAUGAAGCUCGGGUUGAACAUGCACUCCUUAGAUCCACUGGCACUCAUCUGAAAUACCAGUUCCAGGAAGGACAGGCAAAGAUGUUAUGCAAGAUAUUCUAUGCUGAACAGUUCGACGCGUUGCGGAAGAAGUGCGGAGUCGCAGAGCGAAUCGUGGAGUCCUUAUCCCGUUGUGCCAAGUGGGAUUCCAAGGGUGGCAAGACCAAUUCUCUGUUCCUCAAAACCUUGGACGACCGUUUCAUCUUGAAGUCGCUCUCGCCAAUUGAGACGCAGGCGUUCCUCAAGUUUGCUCCGGCAUACUUCCAGAUCAUGUCGGAAGCGCUGUUCCACGAGCUGCCAUCGGCCAUUGCGAAGAUGUUCGGCUUCUACCAAGUGAUCAUCAAAAACCCGGCCACAGGGACCGAGUUCAAUUGGUUCCUGCUGAUGAUGGAGAACCUCUUCUACGACCGAGUUCCGACGAGGAUUUUUGAUCUUAAAGGUUCAAUGAGAAAUCGCAAGGUCCAGAGUACUGGGGAGCGAAAUGAGGUGCUAUUAGAUGAGAACAUGGUCGACUUCAUCUAUGAGACACCGUUGUUCGCUCGAGAGCAUUCGAAAAAGCUAUUGAGCCAGAGCGUCUGGAACGAUACGCUGUUCUUGGGUCGGCAGAACGUCAUGGAUUAUUCACUUAUGAUUGCGAUUGAUGAGAGCCGGUCCGAGCUGGUAGUUGGCGUGAUUGAUUGCAUCCGCACAUACACGUGGGAUAAGAAAUUGGAGUCAUGGAUCAAGGAUCGGGGUUUUGCUGGAGGGGGUAAGAAUCGGCCCACUGUCACCAGCCCCAAGGAGUAUAAGAGCCGCUUCAGAGAGGCGAUGGCCCGAUAUGUUCUUCAAGCACCCAGUUGCUGGUACCAGCUUCAGCCAACCCAACCAUAUCGAUACCCCCCUACGGGAGGCCAUGUGCACCACCUACCGCAGGCCCCUCAUGCUAUUGAGGCAGAUGAUGCAGAGGGCAAUGCAGAGCCCAGCCUUUCCUAA